AUGGCUUCGACGUCCGGCUUCUACCUCCCGACGUCCCCCGCCGCCCCGGCGCAGGUGCUUAAUACCGACGAGGCCGUAGCUGAAUGGCUAGCCAGUCCCGGGUUCCGGGCGUUCUGGGGCUGGAUCCAGCGUCGGUGCGAGCGGAUAAGAGGGAAAGAGAUCAGGUCUGGCUCAACUGAAGGAUGCACGCCUGCUAUACAGCACCUCAUGCUCAUCCUGGAUAGCUUGAUGAGCUGGGUUGAGGAGGUGCCUACACAGCCGCAGAGCAGUCAGAGGUUCGGCAAUCUCGCUUUCAGGUCGUACAUCAAGCUCGUCGAAGAGCGGCUCCCAGCUCUGCUUCAAUCUGUCGACCUGCCGCCGUAUCUCGCCAACCAGAUCCUCCCAUUACUGAUCCAAUCGAGCGCCUUCGGCCACGCCACUCGGCUGGACUACGGGACAGGGCACGAGCUAGCCUUUGUGUUGGCGUUAUGGUGCUGUGUUGCCUCUGGCUGGGUCGGGAGCGGAGAAGGCGGAGAGGAUGAGGAGGAUGAGUUGAUAUUACGAGUCUUCGCACACUAUCUCAAUCUCACCACUGUGCUCCAGAUGCAGUACCGUCUGGAGCCAGCUGGAUCUCACGGUGUAUGGGGUCUAGAUGACUACUGCUUCUUCCCCUACCUCUUUGGCUCUGCCCAGCUUCUCGGUUCAGAUCUGACACCCCCAAGAUCACUCGCCCUCGCCCAAGCCUCCACCCCGUCCGUUGUCCCCACCCUCAUCCCCUUAUCCCCCUCCACUCCUUUGACCGAUAUGUUCACCCUCUCCCUCUACCGUCUUACACUCUUCAAGAGCGGCGCGGCCUUCUCGGAGCAUUCGCCCCUCCUGUACUCCUUAUGCCAGAUGCCAAAUUGGUAUAAACCGCAUAGCGGGCUGAGGAAGAUGUUUCUGGGUGAGGUGGUAGGGAAGAAGGUGGUCGUCCAGGGAUUAUGGAUUGGCGGGUGGCUGUGGGGGGAGGAUGUGCCCGUCGACAAGAGUAGUGGCGGUGAAAAUAAAGAGGGAGAGGAGAAGAGAGUGCAGGGAGAGGGGCAGGCCGCGACAGGUGCGCCGUGGGCGGCUGUCGGUCGAGUCGACGGGAGAAGAGGAGUUCUGGAGUCGACACGAUCGACCUGGUCAUCACCCACUAUCCCACGCAGAUGA